CCCGGGCGGCGCGCGGGGCGCGGGGAGCGCGGGCGGCGGCGCGAGCGCACGCGACGCUCUAGGACCCAGCGGCGGUGGUCCGGUUUGGGGCUGGAGGGGAAGCCUCGGCGUGUCUCCUCUUCCUUGUGAAUGGGGCUGCUUGUCGGGCGCCGCUUCCCCAGGCUGCCACACGCCAUGCCCAGCGCGCUGCCUGGCGGCCGCCUUCCCCAACCGUAACACUGAACUAGCCAUGAUCGCCUCAUGUGGAGGGCAAAGUUGCGGCGGGGAACUUGUGAGUCUGCGGUGAAAGUUUAUAUUCCUUCAUUUCUUUUUCUUCUCUGAUUGCCGUGGCUAGGACUUCCAAAACUACGUUGAAUAAUAGUGGCGAGAGUGGACAUCCUUGUCUUGUUCCUGAUCUUAGAAGAAAUGCUUCAGUUUUUCACCAUUGAGAAUGAUGUUUGCUGUGGGCUUGUCGUAUAUGACCUUUAUUAUGUUGAGGUCCCCCUCCUGCCUGUUACAGCCCCAGUAGUCCCAUCCAGAUUCUGGAAGACCCCAACUACUUUUUCCCAGACUUUCAGCUGUAUUCUGGGAGGCAAGACGCAUCUUUGACAGUGGAGGCAAACAGUAGCAUCAGGGAAAAAGUUGUUGAAGAUCCUCUUUGUAACUUCCACCCGCCGAACUUCCCGAGGAUCUCAGAGGUGGAAAUGAGAGGUUCCGAGGAUGCGGCAGCUGGAACAGUGUUACAGCGGCUGAUCCAGGAGCAACUGCGCUAUGGUACCCCAACCGAGAACAUGAACUUGCUGGCCAUUCAGCACCAGGCCACAGGGAGUGCAGGACCAAGCCACCCCACAAACAACUUUUCUUCCACGGAAAACCUCACUCAAGAAGACCCACAAAUGGUCUACCAGUCGGCACGCCAGGAACCGCAGGGUCAGGAACACCAGGUGGACAACACGGUGAUGGAGAAACAGGUGAGGCCCACGCAGCCUCAGCAGAACAAUGAGGAGCUGCCCACGUAUGAGGAGGCCAAAGCGCAGUCCCAGUUCUUCCGGGGGCAGCAGCCGCCGCCACCGCAGCAGCAGCAGCAGGGGGCUGUGGGUCACGGCUACUACAUGGCCGGGGGCGCCAGUCAGAAGGCGCGGACUGAGGGCAGGCCCACGGUGAACCGCGCCAACAGCGGACAGGCGCACAAGGACGAGGCGCUGAAGGAACUCAAGCAGGGCCACGUCCGCUCUCUCAGCGAGAGGAUCAUGCAGCUGUCGUUGGAGAGGAACGGUGCAAAGCAACACCCCCCUGGCCCAGGGAGCGGAAAGGGGUUCAAGGCGGGCGGGGGGCCCUCCCCAGCCCAGCCUGCAGCUAAAGUGCUGGACCCCCGAGGUCCUCCACCCGAGUACCCCUUCAAGACCAAGCAAAUGAUGUCCCCGGUGGGCAAGACCCAGGAGCAUGGACUUUUCUACAGUGACCAGCACCCGGGGAUGCUCCACGAGAUGGUCAAGCCUUACCCUGCUCCCCAGCCUGCGAGGACAGAAGUGGCCGUCCUGAGGUACCAGCCACCCCCAGAGUAUGGGGUAACGAGCCGCCCCUGCCAGCUUCCUUUCCCGUCAACGGUGCAGCAGCACAGCCCGAUGUCCUCCCAGAACUCCUCCGUCAGCGGGCCGCUGCACUCGGUGUCCCUGCCGCCUCCACCUCCGAUGACCCUGGCAGCCUCGCAACCCACGCCGGCCGCCUCCCCCAGCCAGCAGCUUGGUCCGGAUGCAUUUGCGAUCGUGGAGCGAGCCCAGCAGAUGGUGGAGAUCCUAACGGAGGAGAACCGGGUGCUGCACCAGGAACUUCAGGGUUAUUACGACAACACCGACAAGCUCCACAAGUUUGAAAAAGAACUUCAGAGAAUCUCGGAAGCCUAUGAGAGCCUGGUCAAGUCUACCACCAAGCGAGAGUCGCUGGAUAAGGCGAUGAGAAACAAACUCGAAGGCGAGAUUCGAAGGCUCCAUGAUUUCAACAGAGACCUCCGAGAUCGACUGGAGACUGCCAACAGGCAGCUGUCCAGCAGGGAGUAUGAUGGACAUGAAGACAGAGCGGCCGAGGGACUUUACGCUUCCCAGAACAAAGAAUUCUUGAAGGAAAAGGAGAAGCUAGAAAUGGAGUUAGCGGCAGUGCGGACCGCGAGUGAGGACCACCGGAGACACAUCGAGAUCCUGGACCAGGCUCUGAGCAACGCCCAGGCCAGGGUCAUCAAGCUGGAAGAGGAGCUCCGAGAGAAGCAGGCAUACGUGGAGAAGGUUGAGAAGCUGCAGCAAGCCCUGACCCAGCUGCAGUCCGCCUGCGAGAAGCGGGAACAGAUGGAGCGGAGACUGCGCACCUGGCUGGAGAGGGAGCUGGACGCCCUGAGGACCCAGCAGAAACAUGGAAACAGCCAGCCAGCCAGCCUGCCGGAAUACAAUGCCCCGGCCCUCAUGGAACUCGUGAGGGAGAAGGAAGAGCGGAUCCUGGCGCUGGAGGCUGACAUGACCAAGUGGGAGCAGAAGUACGUAGAGGAGAGCGCCAUCCGGCACUUCGCCAUGAACGCUGCAGCCACUGCAGCAGCCGAGAGGGACACCACGAUGAUCAACCACUCGAGGAACGGCAGCUAUGGCGAGAGCUCGCUGGAGGCCCACAUCUGGCAGGAGGAGGAGGAGGUGAUGCAGGCCACCAGGAGAUGUCAGGACAUGGAGUACACUAUUAAAAAUCUCCAUGCCAAAAUCAUAGAGAAGGAUGCCAUGAUUAAGGUCCUCCAGCAGCGAUCCCGUAAAGACGCCGGGAAGACGGACUCCUCCAGCCUGCGGCCCGCUCGCUCUGUCCCGUCCAUCGCUGCAGCCACUGGGACUCACUCCCGCCAGACCUCGCUCACCAGCAGCCAGUUAGCCGAGGAGAGGAAGGAGGAGAAGACCUGGAAGGGGAGCAUAGGGUUGCUGCUGGGGAAGGAGCCCCACGAACAUGCAUCCACCCCCGUGCUGCCCACCCCGCCUGCCACAGCGCUCUCUCCUGCGGCCCUUGUCACCUCGGCCAGCAGCGCCCACGCAAAGACAGGCAGCAAGGACAGCAGCACACAGACGGACAAGAGCGCCGAGCUCUUCUGGCCCAGUGUGGCCUCCCUGCCCACGCGCGGCCGGCUGAGCGGAACCCCUUCCAACAGCCCGGUCCUGAAGCACCCAGCGGCCAAGGGCAUGGCAGAGAAGCUGGAGAAUUCUCCUGGCCAUGGGAAGUCACCUGACCACAAAGGUCGCGUCAGCAGCUUGCUCCACAAGCCCGAGUUCCCUGACGGGGAGAUGAUGGAAGUUCUCAUCUAACACCGGCAUCCCUGUUGAAUUUUGCAACAGAACAUUGACAAGCAAGGAACGUGGCAAAGAGAAAGAAAGAUCAAGAAGGUUGUGGAUGGGAGAUCAGGAAUGAUUUGAACUGAUCAGGUUUUCAGAUUAAUGAGACCACUUUUUAUAAAUGUUAAAAACAAAACAAAACAGAAACAGGAGACCUACAUGACUGAAAAUGAAGAGGAUGUUGUGGAUUUUUACUGCAUAGGGUGGAAGAGAGAAGAUGCAUGUAGGUUUGGAAACAAAGAAGAAAUAGGAAAUGGAAUUUUUCCGUUGUACAGAAAAUGUUAUCUCUUGGGGAGGGUCUGUGUACACCCAUUCUCUGGUUAUAAACAGAUAAACCUGAGCAUGGAUCUUCCUUGAAAUAUGCCCAUUCUCCUUGCCUCUGAGCUUGUUUUGUUUGAGAAGAACCUCCUAGAAAUCUCGGAGGGUCCGUCUUGAUAUAACGUAAUAUUACCUGUGCCCUCCAUGGGGUGUCCUGUGAAUGCGUGUGGGUGUGGCAGGGAGGAGAAAUGUCCAGGGUGAUGGGGAAUGUAAAAGGCCAUCUUCACCUCAUUACCUGCUUGAUUUGGACUUCUUAGCUCUUCUGGAUUGAGCAGUAUUUUCUAAACAGGAUGUGGGAGCUUUCUGGUCUUGGUGCUUAUCCUCCCUCACUUCUCUGAGCUCAUCUCUGUCUCUGCUUCAUACUCUUUAAUUUUACCCUUUUUUCCUUCUUUUUUUUUUUCCUUUUGCAACAAGCCAUGACAGAAUUCCUUUUGUUAUGGGGUCUAUCAGAGCAGUAACUGAACGUUCAUCAUUCAUCGUGACCAGUGGGACAAAGCCGUAGGGCGGGUCCCCUGGCUGCUUCCUCCACCUUUGAGGAGUUGGACUGCAGUGGUUGAUCUCAUUCUGACCACGAACUAGGUAAGCUCCGACUAGGCAGAAGAUCCAUGACUACUGUGAGGUCCUGCAUUAAGCUCACAGCCCCGACUUUUUUCUCUCUCACAUCAGCUCUUGCUUGCAGUUUGGUAUCUCCACCUCAUUGCUCUGUUGAGGUAGGACUUUCAGGACUGCACUCCGGGAAACGAGUGACACUUGAGUUGGUUGGCAUCCAGCAUCUCCCCAGGCACGUUGUCCCUCUUUCUACUGUUUGUGGCCACCACUCUGCCUGCCCCUCGCAUCCCUCUGGGCAUUGUCGGUGAGCACGCAGACUCUGUGACUGUCAGCACGUGUGUGUCAGCACAUCGGUUCUGCCCUGCCAGGAACUUGCUUUGUAACCUAACAGGCCAGUAUCUGUACAGUGUGGUGAGGUUUUUUCAAGACUUCAGUUGGGAGCAACUUGUCCAAAGUUAAGACGGAAACACCAGGUCAAAGAGCCAGGAGCGAGUGAGGUCAUGGGCCUCAUCCCUGUGCUGUAAGGUUUCCCAUCUGACUCCUCAGAUAUCGGCUUUUCUUUACAAAUCUAGAAGGUGCUGGAUCAGAAGAGAAGCUAGUCAGACCGUCAGAUGCUCAUCCAGGGUCCUGAUAGUUUUCUCCCUGCAGGGUAGCUGGAUCUGUGUUUUCCCAGAUCCCUUUCCUCAUGCUUACUUAAGGAAAGAGAAAAAAAAAAAAAAAAAAAGCCCCAGAUCUGAGGCUUUUUCAAGUCCCACCCAAAUGAAGCCCUGAAGACAGCAUCACUUAGGAAAUUUUGCUUGGGUGGCUCAUUUUAGAGUUGAUCUUUGGAGUGUAACCUGGGUGAAGCCUCCCCAAAUUGAGGUGGUGGAAGGAUGACAGAGGUGUGAGCUGGAGAGGGAGAGGUGGGGAAGGAAACCAAUGGCUUUGCCCAGGGGGCCUCUGAGCUACCCUAGUGGUCAGGAGAGUAAGCAGAACGGAUACUGCUCAAGCCCUGCUCUGCGGUAGACGCUGUGCAUCACGCCUGUUGCCUCCUGCAGUCCCACGUUAAGCAUCGCUGAGGACUGUGCAGCCUGGGAAACCAGAGCAGCCCUGGGUAUGAGGAGGGAGCAGCGAGGCCCCAUGGCUGGUGUGGGGGCCAGGUGAGUAUGGACACGUCGGGGCAGGGAUGGGACGGAGGGACCCCCAUCUCAGUCUCAGUUCCCCGUCACUUUUUACAGGUGAUAAGGCUCAGUUGAUGCCAACUAACUCUCUUAAGGACAUUUUGACCCCUGAUUAACGUGGGGGAUGGAAAGAAAAUGUCUAGAAAUAAGAGGGCAUGUCACCUCUGCCAGCCCCCAUCAUCUGUGUCUGGGCUACCCCAAACAUGGGCUGUGUCCCCUAGAAACGGGUGAGAGUGACAGCCGCAGCCCAGUUUCCCGCGAAGCCUCAUCUUUAUGCCCCAGCACAUCUUGUUGGCAGCUCAGGCACAAGGCUCAUUUGCUUUCCUUGGUCCCCCGCGUUGCCAGGCGUGUUAAUCGUCAGAAUGCAAACACAGACGUCACCAUUUUUCAGUUGUGCUGUAGUCUCUUAAUCUUUUUUUCUUCUAACCUGCUAAGACUCCUCCAUAAGAAAAGGGACCUAUAAUUUUGAAAUGUCUUCUCUUACGGGCCCUGACACUUUUCAUCUUCAUAGCUCGAAGCCUUGCUUGCAUUUAGGAGAAAUGCAGAUAAUGAACUCCCACCGUGUGUUCUGGCAGUUGACAAUAUAUGAUCUCAUUGGAUUUUCAGAAAAUAAUCCUAGCUCCAUUUUUUUAGCACCAACUGUAUGCAAGCACUGGGGUAAGUCCCUUUUAAUGAGUCCUCAGACCACAUGGGAGCAGGGGCGAGUUUAUCAUCCUUAUUUCACAGAGGAGGAAACUGGGGCUCAGGAGGUCAAGUUCCUUCCCCAGGAGAGGCUGGGAUCUGAACCGAGGCUUUGGGAGAGGACAGGCUGGACUGCCUCUGACUUGGGGAUGAUAAGUGCCACAGCUUGACCCGCUCUUUCCCCUGUGUGUGAUGUGUGCCCUCACAGACACAGACACACACACACAGACACACACAGACACACACACACACACACACACACACACACACACACACACACACACGGGUCUUUGUGUUCCGUUGUAAGCAGGACCACAAAGUCUGUUUAAAAAGCACUUAUUUGCGAGUGGUCCAGAGGCCGGGCCUUCUACAGAACUUUUCAGUGGUGUCUGAUUCUGAACUCGCGGGCCCUGUCUCAGGGUGAAGGGUAAAGGCCUUGGCCCUGGGUGAUGACGUACUGGAGUAACUCCGCUUCUUCCUUCAGCGUGUCGCCUGGCAGUUUCUGCACGCUGCCCGGGGUACUGUAUGCAGCAGGAGAUGUUGCUGCUUUUUGGCACUAAUUUCAGAGCGUGUGCAGAACCUUUCCUUAGCUUUUUCUUCUUAGCUUUUCUUCUGCUUCCCAGAGUUGGGAAGCCAGCCACAGUGUCAUGCUAAGUCUCCUUGGAGCAGGCAUGCAGGACAGGGCUGCCGCGUCCCUCCCAGGGCUUGGGUUGGAGGGCAGGGAGUGGAGGCAUGUCUCUCUUCUUCAGUUCUGCAGAACUUGCUCUUCGGAACCUGUGUGUGCAUUUGACUACACGGGACUUGGGUUGGAUAGAGACAGUUGCUCCCAAUGGGUUGUGAACUGCUUCUCCUCUCCAAGUCUGACACAGCCAUGGUAUACGCUUUAUAAAUGUUGGUUUUCUCUUCUUUUUUCUUGCUAAUUAAUCAGUGGGUUUAAAAUGUCUUCAUUCAACAUGAGGAUUGUUUAAUGGGUUUGCCUCUGGUGUGUGGCUCCAUUGGAGAUGCGCAGAGUAAUUAAGAAGUUACCAGAAGCUGAUCAGCUGGGAGCAUGGAAAAGUCAGCAUUUCAGUAAAUGGAUUUCUUCUGGAACUAUCAAUAAUGAGCAAUUUUUUUCUGUCCCUUUUAAGUAGUAUCCCCUUUUCUCAUCUGGUAAUUUAAUGGUAUAAAGACAUGUAUAUGUCAGUGCAUACAUAUGAGGUGUGACUGUAAGGUUGUAUGUCAAGUUUCCUUUCUUAAUAUCCAGAAGAUCCAAGUGUUUCGUCUCACCCCACGUUGCUUAAGAGGUGACCCUUUGCGAGACUCUGUGCUGAUUCCUGCCGUGCUAAGUAGAAACAGUUUGCAGACGCCUCUGUUAGAAUGGAUUUGGGGGCCUGGCAUGUCCCUCUGGUUAUCCUUAGAGAUGAGAAAUCAUCAUCCUUUGAAGGCAGGUUUAAGUUUGGAAAUAGUCCCAAGUCAUUCACUCAGCUGGAUAAAUAAAGAUGGAUGAUUAAGGUAAGUCACAUCCUUUUAGCUUUUUUUUUUUUAAAGAAGUCCUUAAGAUGUUCCUGGGGGAUGAGUCUUUGGACCCUCAGAGGCUUUCAGAGUGACCAUUUCAAAGGAGGACAGUACCUUCCAGAGGGUUCGUUUUUAAAAACCUGCUCUCUUGCCACGCCUUGUUAUGUGUUCACGUCUCUGCGUACACGCGGGUGUAAGUGCACAUUCACGAGUAGCCGCCUCCAGUAGGAAUUCCGUAAAACCCUGUUAGACUUAAGUGCAUGUUAUUGUCACGUUAGGCCAAGACUGAGGUGUUUCUUUGUCAUGAAACUUCGCUUCCUCACAGAAUUAAAAUAUUGUUUUUUCAAUACAAUGAAGUACAUAUACAGUAUUUUCUUGUAUCAGCUCCUGAAGUUUUGGUGCCCAGUGGUGUGUUUACAUGUGGUUUGCCUAAGAUUCCUUUCACAUAGAGACACCUGUAAGUAUUUAUUACAAACCGGAAUGUAAGCAAAUUGAUCCAUAGUGAUUUUCUUUGAAUUAAGGUGUUUUCCCCUUUUGCGGAGGGGGAGAGGAGGCUCCUUCUCCGCAUGAGGCGCAUGCAGAAUCUGGGACAUUCUGUGAGGCUGGGCAGGCCGUGCACCCACCUCAGCCAAAGCCCGAGUGCUGCCACACUUCCCGCCAUCUGUGUGUGCCAUCGCCCUGCUUGGUGGCGUGUGCUGUGUUCCCUCCAGCAGACUCCGAUGUAAGAUUCUGGCAUCUUCGUAUUGCUAGUCUGUAUUGAAGCAGAGGUGGAGGAUACAGAGCUGCACGGCCAGAUGGGUCUGUGUCCAGAGCGGGGAAAUCCAAGAAGACAGCAUGUCCCUCACAGCAAAUAUUGAUACUGUUGGUCAGCCAAAGAUUUUCCUAUUCUUUGCUGCUUAAACUUGUGCCUUAAUAUUGUAUAUAAUAAAUGGAUAAAAUGGCUCUCUCCCUCACGCUUGCUCUUUUCUGUCCCAAGGGACUUAUAUAC